AUGGUAGCCUUUGUGAGGGCGACCCUGGGAUUUGAACAAGAGAUUAUGAAACAAGCCUGCGAACGUUUAUACGAAGCCGAGACGAGUGCCGGCAACGAUCAAUACCGUGCACAGCAAAACGCGCAAGCCCCCAAUGCCUUUCAUUCCGAGAUUUAUACCGCUGGGACCGAAUAUGCCCUGUGUCAAGCCAUCGCGCAGCUCAUGGGUGCCGUGGUCGGCGUAUUAAAUGAGAGUUUGACUGAGAGUAUCAAGGCUUUCUAUCGUCUGCGCAAAGCAUAUAUCACGCUUGAUGCUAUUUUGAAAAUGGAAGAGAAGUUUAUGGAAUCCCGGGGUAUGCAGCAAGCUCUCUCUUCGCGGUCCAGCGACCUUUCCAAGGCCAGCGCCAACCCAGCGGAACCAUCCAGCAAGACCUUCUCGAGCAAAGGAUCAUCCGCAACUGCCAACACCGCUACUCCCCUGGAUACAGACCUGGCGAAAGGCGUUUCUGGCUUGAAUAUAUCCCCAGAGGCACCUUCGGAACCCGUCUCCCGAACAUCGACCCCUUCCAACAUUACCCAUGACCCCGACUCGGAUAUCUUCAAGAAUGAGAUCGACAUCUUCAUUCACUCCGGUGCCAACUUUUGCUUCGGUAUUCUUCUGGUGCUCAUUUCCAUGGUACCACCUGCAUUUAGCAAACUCCUAUCCAUCAUUGGGUUUCAUGGAGAUAAGCAACGCGGAUUGAAGAUGUUGUGGCAGGCCAGUAAAUUCCAUAACUUGGUUGGAGCCAUGGCCGCUUUGGCUAUGCUGGGAUACUACAAUGGGUUCGUGCGUUAUUGUGACAUUAUGCCCGAUCCUACUCCCGGUGAGGAUGAUGUUGAGGGUUACCAGGCUGAAAGGUUGGCGGCAUUGUUGGCGGAAAUGCGCUCCCGAUUCCCGAACAGUCGACUAUGGUUGCUCGAAGAAUCACGGAUGAAGGGAGCUAACAAAGACCUUGAUGGUGCCUUGGAGCUCCUCAGUGCGAAUAAGAAAAGCCCGCUGAAGCAGGUUGAAGCUCUUUGUGUGUUUGAGAAGAGUUUGAAUGCCUUAUUUUUGCACAGAUACACCGUGUGCUCGGAUGCCUUCAUCGAGUGCGUGGAUCUUAAUUCCUGGUCUCGCGCAUUGUACUAUUAUAUCGCCGGAUCAUGUCAUGUCGCUCUCUACCGACAAUUCCUCACCGAAGACCCCAAAAAAGCACAGGAACAUGCUGACACUGCCACCGAAUACAUUCGAAACGCACCCCCACUGGCAGGCAAAAAACGGUUUAUGGCACGUCAACUCCCAUUCGAUGUCUUUGUCACCCGUAAGAUCGCCAAAUGGGAAGCCCGAGCUAAAGAAUGGAAUGUCUCUUUGGUGGAUGCUAUUGGAGUAGAUCCGAUCGAAGAAAUGAUCUUCUUUUGGAACGGACACAGCCGUAUGACUGAAGGUCAGCUCCAUGAGUCUUUAGACCGGUUAUCAUGGUGCGAGAGUGAGGCGGAUAAGACCUGGUCGCGCGAAGGGCCCGAGGAGAAGGCCAUCAUGGAUCUUUUGCGCGCCGCUGUGUACCGGUCUCUGCGGCGACACGAAGAAGCAAAGCAGAUCCUCAAGACCAAGGUUCUGAAUAAUGAGAAAUCUAUAUUCAAGGGCCACCUGAAGGAUGACUGGGUUUUACCCGCAGCAAACUUUGAGAUGGCAGCUAACCUGUGGAUGGAGCGUCCCGCCUACAAUGCCUUACAUGGAUCCUCGGAUAUCGUAUCGGCAGCUCCCAACGCCGAGGGCAAAUCCGAUAGCAUGUCCGAAAAUGCCGAACGGCCAGAUACCAAGUCAGUUAACUCCGUGGCUUCUGGUGGGUCAGAAGCCGAGAAAAAGCUUGUUCGUGCAUGCAAAGAGCACCUGGACCAUGCUGCCAAAUGGGAAAGCUACGAACUAGACGCGCGGAUUGGCUUGAAAGUCACAGCUGGGAAUGAAGCUAUCCGGAAGUGGGAGAGUAUGCAUUCAACUUGA